AAAUUUCUAUAAUUCUUAUGCUCGUCACGCACUCCCGACUCAUUGACUCGGCAAAGAUUGUAGCUUUACCGUUGUUUGGUGGAAGUCAGUACAUGGGAAUGAAGCAAAUUGGUCAAGAGCUUGUUAGACGUGGACAUGAAUUCUCGAUAUUGGUGAGUAGUGAUCAAAACGUGACUCCACCGGUAGGAAUAAUAAACCGCGUGUACGAUGUUCCCUUCGAAGCUAAUGUAGGAGAAUCAUAUGCUGCACAGAAAGUCAAUGAAGACACUUUCAAAAGUAAUCAUUACUAUGGAAAUUUGUCAGCCAUUUACGAAACAUUUUGUGAUUAUUUGAUUAACAGCACUCAGGUUCUUCAGCCAUUGAAGGACUAUGAUCUUUUAAUMASCGAUUGCAGUAUGCAYGCUUGUGGRMUUCUUUUGUCCGACUAUUUGGAUGUCAAAAGAGUGGAGUACUGCCCAGGACCACCUCGACUUYUGCARGUGUACCACGGUCCSUUCAAUUAUGAAGGGGUUUCCAUGGUAUCCUACGUGCCUGCCUUCAUGUCUGUUUUACCYGGCAAAAUGAAUUUCUUCCAAAGAAURAAGAAUUUAUURAAUMUUGUUAMCAGUAUGGUUUAUGACUCUCUUUUGAUGCUCAAGCCUGUGCAUGACCUYAGAGAGAAGUACAACAUCAAACCCGAGAAAAGCUUGUUUGAAUCAUCAAAGGAUAUYGARCUUGCAUUGUUUGUUGCUGACUUCGCCUUGGAACACGCCUAUCCCAUACCACCAAACUAUAAAAUGAUAGGACCGUUGAACAUCCAACCAGUCAAGCCUCUUCCCCCUGAUCUACAGCAGUUGAUUGACAGUUCUGGUGAUGACGGAGCCAUUAUCGUGUCUUUUGGAUCCAACAUUGCCGCGAUGUCGAAAGACAAAGUCGAUAUCAUGGCGGAGGCUUUUGGUAGAUUGAAACAGAAAGUUAUUUGGAGGCUUAAAGGAUACAUCCCAUCGUCUCUGGGUCCCAACAUCAAACCCGUUCCCUGGUUACCACAAAAUGACCUGCUUUCCAACGCAAAACUACGUUUGUUUGUGAGCCACSUGGGACAAAAUAGUCUCUACGAGGCUGCGUAUUACGGAGUUCCUUUGGUGGGCAUUCCAUUGUGUUCGGAUGGGUUUGACAACGCUUUGUUGAUGGAAAGUCGAAACAUUGGYCUUUCGGUUGAUUUUCGAAAGUUAACCGCUGAUAAACUACACAGUACUAUCGAAUAUGCUAUUAAGGAGGCAAGUUACCGUGAAAACGCCCAGCGCAUUUCACGCUUGAUGCAAGACCGUCCUCGUAGCCCGGUUCAGGAGGCUGGUGACUGGAUAGAGUACGCCCUUAGACACGAGAGUCUUGCACAUCUACGUCCGUACUCURGUCAACUUGCCUGGUACCAGUAUUUCCUGUUAGAUGUAGCAGUGUUCGUGGUCUUGGUAGUUUUGGUGGUGAUUAUGUUGAUAAAGUACACAGUUCGAUUGAUGUACUGGACUUGCUGUCAACGAAGGAAAAAGGAAAAAAGCCUAUAAAACGACUUUGACCUGUUACCAUUGUCUACGUCCAAACGUCUCAUUUGUGGCUCACUCCUGAUCACAUCAGAUGACGAUCUCUACUAAAGUGAUCCCGACUUAGACAAUUUGCAGGCGUUUCCGGUGUUUUCUCGAUCGGGAUUAAGCUGCAAGCGCCGAACCGGAUGCAACAAACUAUGUCACCAUUCUACAUUUAAAUAGCUUUAUAUUUCGCAGCACGGAGAAUUUGAUACCAAAUGAUGCGUAUAUCAGGCCCCAUUUCGWRUACUGUUACUUUGGGAACUGUUUGCACUUUARCCACACAAAGGGAAGGAUCGCAUCAAUGUAUAAUCAAUAGGGGAAUCCGUGUAUGCGCUCUUAGAGCGUUGAAAAUAAUAAUUUAUUAUCCGAACAUAAUCCAUAUGACAGAAACAAUUAUUUCAAUUAUGGUAUUUGUAUCAUAGUUAUUAAUUUGAUAAAUAAAUAAAUGGAG